UUCUCUCAAUUCCGGCGGAAGACAUGGCGAUGAAAUGAAGGAGCGGCAGCGCUGGCAACCGGAAGAAGACGCCUUGCUGCGAGCCUACGUGAAGCAAUAUGGGCCGAAAGAGUGGAGCCUGGUCUCCCCGCGGAUGGGGAAGCCCCUCCUCCGUGACCCCAAGUCCUGCCUGGAGCGGUGGAAGAACUACCUGAAACCCGGCCUGAAGAAGGGCUCGCUCACCCCAGAGGAGCAGGCCCUCGUCGUCUCCCUCCAGGCAAAGCACGGCAACAAGUGGAAGAAGAUCGCCGCCGAGCUCCCCGGCCGCACCCCUAAGCGCCUCGGCAAGUGGUGGGAGGUCUUUAAGGAGAAGCAGCUCAAGUUGCAGUCUCAGAGGCAAAAGAACAAACACCUUCUGUGCAAUACAUCGUCGUCGUCGACCCAGCUGCCACCGGAUAUGAAUAUUGCGGUCGCCGGAAUUGGAUCUCCGGAGAAGGCCGUUAAGGGUCCCUACGACCACAUACUGGAAACCUUCGCCGAGAAAUACGUCGUCCAGCCAAAGGUUUACGGUGCUGCGUUCCAGUCCACCACCAUGAUGCAAGAACCCGACCCGGUACUUUCACUCGGGUCGGUCGGCUCCACCGCGACGUCCGUAACUGCACCUUCCGUUAUGCCUCAGUGGAUGAACAUUAACCCGUCGUCAACAACGUCAUCCACGUCCUCCACCACCCCUUCGCCUUCGGUGAGCUUGACGCUGUCUCCCUCCGAUCCGGUUCCCGACACGGACCCGACCCGUUUUUAUCAGAUGGGCACUCUGAUUCAGCUGUGCAAAGAGGUGGAGGAGGGGAUGCAGAGCUGGAUGCAGCAGAAGAAGGAGGCGACAUGGCGGCUGAGCAGGCUGGAGCAGCAGCUGGAGGCGGAGAAGGGAAGGAAGCAGAGGGAGGCGGUGGAGGAAAUCGAGGCGCAGAUAAGGUGCUUGAGACAGGAGGAGGUGGCGUUGGUGGGGAGAAUAGAGAGGGAUUACAGGGAGGAGCUGAGCGCGCUGCAGAGGGAGGCGGAGGGUAAGGAGGCGAAGUUUGUGGAAGCUUGGUGCGGGAAGCAUGCGAAGCUGGCGAAACUUGUGGAGCUGAUUGCGGUCGGGGUUCGUAAUCAUGGGUUUAGCAGUAAACCAUGUUAAUUAGAACUAAUUAUGUGGUUUGGUUUAGGAAUUUUACUUGAAUUAACACUCUCUGCAACUUGUCAUCUUUCAUUUUCCUUCUCUUUUUUCUGUUAUUAGUGACAAAAAAUAUUCUUUAAAUAAAAGUUUUUAGAUAUAA